AUGCGAGAGAGUGAAACUCUCAAAGCUUAUUCAGACAGGUAUUGGGAAAUGUUUAACGAGAUAGAAGGAGAGCAUGACGAUGUGGCCAUAAGUACUUUCAAAGUUGGCCUCCCAGCCGACCAUGACUUAAGGAAAUCCCUAACUGGUAAACCGGUUACCAGCGUACACCAGUUGAUGGAUAAAAUUGAUAAGUACAGAAGAGUUGAAGAGGAUCAACUUCAGGGAAAGGGAAAAGCUAAGGUAGCCCCUCAGGAGAGGAGAGAUUUCAGGUCAGAUUGUUACAACAAUAACCGACCUCGGAGAGACUUCGUCGGGAAAUCAGGAUCUGCGGACACCCAUGCGGUCAAUACAGUGUUUCAGGAGCUAGUGCAGCAGGAUCAUGGGCACACGACGGAGGAUUGUAGGAAUCUGUGGGACCAUUGGGAACAGCUGGUCCGUGAAGGGAGGUUGAAGCAAUUCUUGCAUCAUUCCAGCGGUAGGGCAAGUCAAGCGGGCCCAGAAAUACAUGGGGACGCUUCUUUAAGGCUCCCUCUUGGAACGAUAAACGUCAUUUUUGCCGCUCUAGGGAGUACCGGGUCUUGUCCUUCCAGGGUACUGUCGAUGUGCCGGCCCCUGGCCGAAGACAAUUGCCAAGCACUGAAGAGAGCCAAGGUGGAUGUCCCCCUGAUUCUGGGUUUUUCAGAUGAGGAUAAGAUUGAACUAUACAGCUCCAUGACGAUGCGCUGGUGA